GGUAUCUUCUAAUGUUUGUCCAAGAACAUAAAUAUUCUUAUGAUUUAUAAAUAAUACGUUUUAACUUUUUUCGAUGUCACACAAAUUUUAAUAAAAAAAAAUGUUCUAUUUAAAAUUGGGUUUAGUUCGAUUUUGUGCAAGUGUUUAUUGUUUAAUCUUAAUGUCUUCUUCGGUACAGGGACUCUCAGAAGAAAUGCAAGAUUUGGUUAAUAUGUUACAUACAAAUUGUAUAGAAGAAACAGGUGUAGCUGAAGGAACAAUUGAAGAUGCACGUAAGUUAAACUUUGCCGAAGAUGAAAAACUAAAAUGUUAUAUGCGAUGUUUAAUGGUACAAAUGGCAACUAUGGACGACGAAGGUAUAAUUGAUGUGGAUGCUACAAUUGCAUUAUUACCAGAUGAAAUGAAAACUGUGUUUUCGGGACCCUUAAAAACGUGUGGAACAAAAAUUGGAGCAAAUCACUGUGACAAUGCAUUCCAAACAAAUAAAUGCUGGGCUGAUAUUUUGAAAAAUGAUUACUAUUUAAUUUAGUAGGUACACAAUCAAAUAUCAAAUAAAUAUACUUAUUAUGAUUUCCCCCUCAAAUUGAUGACGACAAUAUUAUAUUGAUUUAUGAAUGAAUAAAUAUGGUUAAUGAUUUCCUGAUAUUAAAAACAAGAUUUUAGUUAAUUUUUUGUAGACAAAGAGGCAUGCUGCAACACAAUGUAACACUCAAAAUAAUAUUUUAUUACAAAAAAAAAACAAAAAACAUUU